AUGGAGGUGUGUUCGGCGCAAGGGAUCAUUCAUCGUGACAUCAAAUCAACAAACAUUUUGCUUGAUGAGAGUUAUGUUGCUAAGGUUGCAGAUUUUGGACUGUCAAGGUCUGGCCCAUGUCUGAAUGAGACCCAUGUAAGCACGGGUGUAAAAGGAAGUUUUGGCUACCUUGAUCCAGAGUAUUUUCGCAGGCAGCAGCUUACAAACAAGUCAGAUGUUUACUCAUUCGGGGUCGUGCUAUUUGAGGUUCUCUGUGCUAGGCCUGCCGUGGAUCCAUUGUUAUCCCUGGAGCAAGUAAAUUUAGGUGAAUGGGCACUGGAAUGGCAGAAGAAGGGGCUGCUUGAGCAGAUUAUAGAUCCGCAUCUCAAAGGUCAAAUAAGACCAACCUCUUUGAAAAAAUUGGGGGAGACAGCGGAGAAAUGCUUGGUAGACUACGGGGUAGAUAGGCCUACCAUGGGGGAUGUGUUGAGGAAUUUGUCCCUUGGGGUAACACCCAAAUAA